AUGAUCAACUUAGCGAGAUCGCCAAUGACUAUCCUCAUAUGGAUAGGUAUCACAUUCCUCAACAUUCUACCUUAUCUCUGUGCGCUUCACCUCUCUACCUCACUCUCACAAAUCUAUCUUGGAACCAACUUCUGUCCAACUUCGUCCUAUCUACUUUCAUACGCAGUUGUAGAAUCCGUCUUCUUACUGUAUUCUAGCAUUUCAACGACUCCCCAAGGUGUCCGAAGGGAAAUUUCCAAUGAAUCGAGGAGGAAGCUGUUCUCAGAGGCAAUGCACGCUUUAGAAGGACAAGGGAAAGAAGGUGUUGAUGAAUGGUUAAAAGGAUGGUUUCGUAAACCCUCAGUCGAAAUGUCAAUUUGGCAACGAAUGUUUGCCGUUCCAUCGAUGAAAGAACGGCUUGUGUAUCCGACAUUGCAAGUUGAAUCAGAGAAAGUUAUGCAAUUGAAAAGAGGGAAUGUAGAAGAAUUGUUAUGUGGCAUAUUCUUCAAUUCGAGUCUUGAGACAGUCUUGUCUACUCCAUUGCUACAUCACAAUUUAACGUCAAUGAUACACUCAAUUGAGAUCAAGAGAAAUUUCAGAUUUAAAUCGGGAUACGAUAAAUCACUUGAACCCAUACGUCCAAACUCAGACGCCAAGCCGAUAUCUUUCCCUUCCACAAUCGGACAUAGACCGUUGAUGGUCUAUCUGAGUGUAGCGUUAUUGGAUGGCUUAUUCAAUUGGAUUAUGUGGAUUAUAGGGUUUAGUAAAUCGAAACAAGGUUGGUAUCAUCCCGGUUUGGGAAAUCCAGGUUCAGGUGUAAUCUCUCAUUUCUACAAGGCAUUAAUUGGACCGGCAUCGUCGUCGCCACUCAGAUCAUACACUAAAAACGAAGAGCAACGAGAAGAAAACCGUGGACUUGGCCCUAUAAUCUUGAUUCCUGGAUUGGCAGGGCCUUCUUUCCUCCUUCACCUGAUCAUUCCAUUAUUGACCCUCGAAAGACCAAUGUUGAUAGUUGAUCAACCUCAUCUGUCACUUCGAUUAUUCCGUAAAUCUGCUCCUACCCUUGAAGACCUAUCUGAAAGUAUUAAGAUAUCAUUGAAAUCAAGAGGACACGACUUGGAACGGGGUGGAAGUAUCAUAAUAGCUCAUUCCCUUGGAUCAGCAUUAGCAUCCACGUUAACGAAUCAAUCAUUUUCGACAAUAAGAGAAAACAGAAUUGAUGUUAUACUUUUAGAUCCAAUAUCAGUCUUACUUACACAUUCGCAUCUCUGUCGUACGAUAUAUGUACCUUCGCAAGACAAAGGAGCGAUGGAGAUGUUAGUUGGAUAUUUUACUAGAGAAAGAGGUAUGGCAAGGUAUCUUUCAAACGAGUUUCAUCCUUUUGAAGCUUUCUUAUCGCUUCGUUCAAAUGAUGUUAAAUGCGGGUCCAGCCAGGAAGGUAGCAGCCAGGAAGGUAGAGGACAGCUGAAAGUCGUUCUUUCCAGAAGAGAUCACUUACUGCCCAUCGAAGAGAUACGGAAUCAUUGUGAAAGGAAUCAAGUUGAUUGUGAGAUAUUAGAAGAAGUUGGCCAUGGAGGCUGGUUAUUGCAUCCGUCUUCUUACAGCAAAGUGUUUAACGGAAUAAAAAUGAUUGUUUUGAGUUCGAACAAUUGUACAGACGAAGGCAUGGAAAUAAGGAGUACGAAAGAAACCGAAUCAGAUGAACCAGAAUUGAAAUCCGACAUGUCGAUACAUACUUCCAACUCAAUCAAUAUGGGAAUGGUCCGGAAUAGAUCUAGAUCUCUCAUACAGUCAUCAUUUGCUACAAUACACCUAACUCGAGCGUCUUCGAAAUCCACAUCCACGAUUCGCGAGGAGAACACAAAGAUGGGAAGAAUAAGAAGUAAAACGAUGUUCUCACGAAAGCAGCCCAUCCUUUUCGCACAUGUCGAUACGAUGUCAGAUCAGCAACAACACUUCUCAAUGAGCAGACAAUGUUCUGCGAUUGGUAUGAACAGGACUAUGAGCAUAACAAGGUUCAAAGGGAUAGCUCAUUUUGGUGAGACAUCCGUGGGUGUUUGGCAGUAA